UUUGUUUCUCUGCCUCUUUCAGGUUUUCUUAUCUCUGAAUCUUCUGUGUAGAUCCUGAAGAUUUAUCUAUCUUUAUCAAGUGUAGUGUAGAUCACUACAAGUGGUAUCAAUAUGGCUGAUGGCACCAGAUUAAAGAAAUUGGAUGAUUUCACCAAGAAAUUGAGCUUAGAUUUGCGGGAAUUGGGUGACGAAGUGAAAGGGGAUAUGUCAAAAAUGAAGACGGAUAUCGAUAAUCAACUGCAUCUUCUUCGUACUGCCCAAAAUUAUUUGGACCAGAAGUUGCAGUUGUUUCUUGAUAGAUCCGUCUUUUCACAAGGUCAACAUCAUGGAGGUGAAACUAAUCAUCCUUGGGAAGAAGGAGAACUACCCGAUCCAUCUUCUAACAAUCAAUUUCAGGGUUAUCAACAAACUAAUCAUCCGAGAUUCAUUCAGCAUCAUCACACAGGUGAAGGGAGGAAGGGGUUAACAUCUCUCUCAUGUCAAGCAUGCAUUUUAAGAAGCUUCUUCGCAGUGGUGACCCAGUUUUGUUUGGUCAAUUAUCAUCUAUCUCGGCUACAGCUGCAUCAACUGACAUUGCUGCUCCAAUUGCUGAAGUCUUGGACCAGUUCUCUUCCGUCUUUAAAUUGCCAACCUCACUUCCACCAGCAAGAGCACACGAUUAUCACAUUCCCUUGGUUCCAAACUCAACUCCACUGAACCAGCGGCCACACAGAGUACCAUUUGUGCAGAAAGCAGUAAUCGAGAAGCUAGUUCAAGAAAUGAUCAACACUGGGGUCAUUCAGCAUAGCCACAACCCAUUCUCUUCUCCGAUGAUGUUGGUCAAUAAGAAGGAUGGCGAUUGGCGUUUCUGCGUCUACUACCGCAAGCUUAACUCCAUCAUUGUCAAAGAUAAGUACCCCAUACCCCUUAUCGAUGAGUUACUUGCUGAGCUACAUGGCUCUACAAUUUUUUAUAAGAUUGACCUUCGAUCUGGUUAUCAUCAGAUUUGAGUACACGCAUAGGAUGUACAGAAAAUUGUUUUCCUUACAUACCACUGUCAUUUUGAAUUUUGAGUCAUGCCUUUUGGGCUUACUUAUGCCCCGACAACCUUCCAAUCACUCAUGAAUAAUAUUUCCAAACCCUACCUGCGGAAAUUCAUUCUUGUUUUUUCCGAUGACAUACUAGUCUAUAGCCCUGACUUAGCCUCUCAUUGCAUACAACUUCGUACUGCAUUAGCCAUUCUGCAAGAACAUUCACUCCUAGCUAAGCAUAGUAAAUGCAGUUUUGGUCAGCACCAACUAGAAUACUUAGGUCAUAUUAUUAGUGGUGAAGGGGUAGCAGCUGACAAAGCCAAAAUAGAAUGCAUGCUAAAUUGGCCAAGACCUACAACACUCAAAGGCUCGCGUGGGUUCUUGGGUUUAACAGGGUAAUACCACAAAUUUGUUAAGGAUUACGGCCUUAUUUGUCAACCCUUAACUACAUUGUUGAAGAAGAACAAUUUAUCUUGGUCUUCAGCUGCGGGAUCUGCUUUUGAACAAUUGAAUAGAGUUGUAACUACAACUUCGGUUCUCAUUCUACCUGAUUUCACUAAGGAGUUUGGGGUAGAGACUGAUGUAAGUAAUAGCGAUGUGGGUGCAUUUCUUGAUGCAAUCAGGGAGACCCAUUGCUUUUUUCAGCAAAGCUAUGGGCCUAUGCUACAAGUCACUAUCCACCUACGAGAAGGAAUUUCUGAGUAUUGUGAUGGAGGUAAAUCAUUGGCGUUCGUUCUUGUUAGGUUCUCACUUCAAAAUCUUUACAGACCAUCAGAGUCUUAAAUACUUUAUGGAUCAGCGGCUACACACUAUGUUCCAGCAGAAAUGGCUCACCAAAUUGCUGGGUUUCGAAUAUACGCUUCAUUACAAGAAAGGAUCCGAGAAUAGAGUCGCAGAUGCCUUAUCCAGGGUAUCUUGUUCAUCAAUGACUGCAAUUCAACCAAGAUGGCUUGUGAAAGUUCAAGAAAGUUAUGAAGAGGACAAGUUAGCGUAAGAACUGAUUCCCUAGCUGCUUCUUACUCCAGUGCAUAAGGAUGGCUACACCUACUCUCAAGGAAUACUCAAGCUAAAUGGAAAAAUCUAUAUUGGCUCUACUGGUGGGGUUCGUCAGAAAGUCUUAGCAGUUGUCCGUUCUUCAGCUAUUGGAGGUCACUCCGACAUGCAAGCUUGCUAUCAACGGGACAAAGCUUAUUUUUAUUGGAACGGCAUGAAGAAGGACUUAGUCACAUUCAUUCAGGAAUGCGAUGUUUGCCAACAGAACAAGGUGGAACACACUCCACCAGCCGGCCUACUCCAGUCCCUGCCUGUCCCAGACCAAGCUUGGAAACAUUUGAGCAUGGAUUUCAUAACUGGCCUGCCGAAAUCAUAGGUUAGAGGGGAAAUUUUGGUUAUUGUCGACCGCUUCACUAAAUAUAGCCAUUCUACAGCUUUAAGCCACCCUUAUACUGCCCAGUUCGUAGCGAGAAUUUUCUUAGACUUUAUACUUAAAAUUCAUGGGGUACCAGAGACAAUCGUAUCUGACAGAGAUGUUAUAUUUCUAAGUGCUUUCUGGCGUGCAUUGUUCCAAGCUGCUGAUACUUCUCUACAUCUUAGUACAUCGUACCAUCUACAAACUGAUGGCCAUACGGAACGUACCAACGCUUUCCUGGAGUCUUAUCUCAGAUGUAUGUGCAGCUAUAGACCUGUUAAAUGGGUCUCUUGGCUUUCUCUAGCAGAAUGGUGGUUUAAUACCACAUACCACUCAAGCCUCAAGCUGACACCAUUCCAGGCCUUGUACGACUACGACCCUACUCAGGUUGGGUUAUAUUCUUGCUCCACAAUUGGUAACCCCACUGUGAAAGACUACCUGCACCAGCACAAGAUGUUAUUAGAAGUGUUGCAUCAUAAUCUACUUGAAGCUCAGCACCGCAUCAAGCACUUAACUGACAAGAAACGCGUUGAACGCUCAUCCCAGGUUGGAGACUGGGUUUACUUGCACCUGCAACCUUAUCUCCAAACCACAGUCCGACUGCACAAGAAUCUUAAGCUGUCAGAAAAAUUCUUUGUCCCUUACCAAGUGAUGCAACGUAUUGGUCAGGUAGCUUAUAAACUUCAAUUGCCUCCUACUUCUCGUAUUCAUCCAAUCUUUCAUGUGUCUCAAUUAAAAACCAAGGUGGGUCAAGGAGUUAUUCCACAAACAUGCUUGCCAUCACUUGAUAGAGAUGGACUGAUGAAGGUUAAUCCAGUUGCAGUCAUCGAUUCUCGUGCUAUCAUAAAAGGUCGUCAACAAGUUCCACAGCUUAUGGUGCAAUGGUCUCAUGCCGCUGAAGGCGAUUGCUGGUGGGAAGACACAACUUUAAUCACAUCCCAGUUUCCUAAAUUUAUACUUGAGGACAAGUAUAAGCUGUAGGGAUGGGCAUUUGUCAUGUCCCUUGUUAAGGGCAUCUAGAACUAUGGGUGUAUUUAGUAAAUUCUGGGUGUAAUAAGUAAAUUAUGUGUGACAGGUACAUGUGCUUUCUUAGGGUGUAACAAUUGAAUCGUGCACUUCACACAUGUGCCUUUCUAACCCUAUAUGUGUUGAGUCGAAACUCUUUGUCAGGAAAUGAAAAAGAUAACCAGUUUUGUUU